GUGUCAGUCGAGUCUCAUCAUUCUGUAGGCGUAAAUAUUUAGAUUUCUCGUUUAUUGAGCCAUAAAUCUCACUUCUAUUUUGUUAACAAAACAAGUCUUCCACCCGAAAUGGCGGGGACGUACUAUUUUGUAAUUGUAGGUCAUUCGGACAAUCCUAUUUUUGAGAAAGAUUUCAUCCCUGUUCCAAAGGAGGUUAAGAAAGAGGACAACAGGCACUUGAACCAGUUUAUUGCUCACGCAGCGCUAGAUCUCGUAGAUGAGCAUAUGUGGAAGGUCACUAACACUUACCUGAAGUCUGUGGACAAGUUCAACCAGUGGUUUGUGUCUGCUUUUGUCACCGCUAGUCAGAUGCGCUUCAUAAUGGUCCAUGAUGCGCGAAAUGAAGAUGGUAUCAAGAAUUUCUUCACAGAUGUGUAUGAAGCGUACAUCAAGCUGAUGCUGAAUCCAUUCUAUAAAGAGGACACGCCCAUCACACUCCCUGCAUUUGACAAGAAGGUCCAGUUCUUAGGGAAGAAGUAUCUAACAUAGUCCAUAAGUGUUGAUAUUAUUAGUUAAUUUAUUGUUGAAAGGCUAUGCUGCAAGGCAAAUGCUAAGCAAUAUUUAUAUGAAGGUUUUCAGUUCACACUAGAUAUCUCGGAGCUUGAUUUUUUUAUGCAAUCGACCAAUAUUCCAUAGCUAACACCAGAAACAUCUUUGUAAGGCUAACUCUCUACUGAGCAAGGUGUAAAUGGUUCUGCUGUUGAAAUGAUAAUCAUUGUUUACCUUCAUAAAUAAAUCAAGGAAAUAGUAAUUGGGUCAAGCCCAAUAUGAGGGUUUGUAUCUAUUUCUCUCCAGAGGAACUAUCACUACUUUCAAUAUAAACUGAACAUAAACCACUUAUCAUGUUCAUUAUGUAAAAUGCUUGUGCAAAAUGUAAAUA